UUAACGUAUAUCGCCCCGGGACAGCGUACAUAGGUGUGCAACUUGCUGUGAUUUGUUGAUUGUUGAAAACUACAUGAGGAUUUGUUAAUUAAUUAGAUGAAUAUUGCGUGUUUAGCGAUUACGUAAUUAUCAUACAGCGGCACCUAUUUAACGUUUACCGGUAGUUUCAAGAAUAUGUGAAAACGGAUACUCAUUUUUUUCAAAUAAAGAACGGUUUUGAAGUGUAUAACUGUAACAAUAACAUAUCGGUGGUGAACGUGUUUACAUCUUUCGAAAACGUUCGUUCGCGUUCAGUUUCUCAUUUAUAAGAUUGAAUGAAUUUCGAAGUAUUAGAAUGAAUGAAAAUAACCCUCAAUGCUUGUUUGUCUCUUGACAAAUAUAUACAUGUGUUAUCCAGGUCAUAUUUGUUGACCAUCAGUUAAUAUUUGUCGUAAAGAGCAAUUAUCACCAUAUCCGUCACAUAUACAGAAAUAUAUUAUUUUGUGCGAAUAUUUAUUUGUGCUGUUGUGAAAUAGAGGUCUUCAUUUUGAGCAAUUGGAUUUAUUCCGGCGUCAUUGAUACUAAGCGAACAUCUUUUGUACAGACUUCAAUGCAGAAGAGAAUGAGUCUUGAAUGACAAAGCCGACACUAUGAGUAUAAUGUCGAACCUGCGCACUGCCGUGAUAGCGGUGGCGGCGGUGCUGAACAUGACCAGCGACGAGAUGUGCUUUAAGGGGAUUGGCUGCUUCUCAAACGAGGCUCCCUUUAACAACGCGGCCGGUCACCUUCCCCAAUCCCCCGAUGACAUCCGCGUGGUGUUUUUACUCUACACUCGCCAUAACCGUGACGUCCCGCGGGUGAUCUCCGCUGACCCCGCUCUUGUGCUAGCCUCCUUCCUGUCUCCCUACCGGAAGUCCGUCUUCAUCAUCCACGGUUACCGGGACGACGGCCGUGAAACCUGGGUCAUGGACAUGAAGAACGCUCUUCUAAAACAGGAGGACGUGAAUGUCGUGUCGGUGGACUGGGAGAGCGGAGCGGACCAGACCGACUACAACCAAGCCGCUGCCAACACGCGCGUUGUUGGUGCCCUAAUCGCACAACUGCUCAACGUCCUUAAAAAUCUCCGGUCGCUGAAAUACGAGGACGUCCAUCUAGUGGGCCACAGCCUUGGCGCCCAUAUUGCCGGAUACGCCGGUGAGCGCGUCAAGUCCGUGGGAAGAAUUACAGGUCUCGAUCCAGCGGGGCUGUCGUUUGAAAGGCAGCCAUUCGAGGUACGUCUAGAUCCCACAGACGCUUUGUUUGUUGACGUCAUACACACGGACGCCCAACCAAUAACUACUCUAGGCCUGGGAGCCAAGAAGCCGAUGGGUCACGCAGACUUCUACCCGAACGGAGGGAAGGAUCAGCCGGGCUGCACAAGUUCGCCUCGCAAGCACAUCUUUAAACUCAUCACCGGCAAGUUCAAAAGUUUUCAGAAAGGUGUCGCGUGCGAUCACGCACGGGCUCGGGACUACUUUAUAGAGUCGAUCACUUCCACAUGCCGCUUCACAGCCAGCCUCUGCCGAAGCUAUAACGCAUUCGUCCGAGGUGAGUGCCCUUGUCGAACGACUCCGUGUGCGUCCAUGGGCUUUCAUGCACGUGCAAACAUCACGCAAGGGGUGUACUUCCUUGACACGACCGACAACUCUCCGUUCUGUUUGAGACGGAAUUGAAACGACGCAAGUGUUAAUUCUGCACGUCCGAAAAUCAUCUAGUUUUAUAGAUACUUAGACUAGUGUGUUGUACUCCUUAGAACAAGUAUUUCCGUUGCCGACAUUAGACGGUAUUUACCCUCACCGUAUUGCACGUUGUAUAUUUAUUUUGUAAAAUGAGUCUCUGUAGAAAUAUGCAUUAUAUGAGUUGGAGUAGUCAGUUGUUUAUAAUAAAGCAA